AUGGAGCCCCCCCCGCGCCCCGCCGCCCUCCUCGCCCUCCUCGCCCUGCUGCCCGCGGCCACCGCAGCCGUGCCCGUGGACGUGCUGCAGACGCUGGGCAUGAAGGACGGCCGGGACGGCGUCGCCGUCACCGCCGGGAUCUGCACGCAGCGCCCCGGCACCGAGGACCCCGACUUCGCCUUCCGCGUGGACAACCGCACGCAGCUCAGCGCGCCCACCAGGCAGCUCUUCCCCGAUUCCUCCUUCCCCGUGGAUUUCUCCAUCCUGGCCACGGUGCGUGCCCGGCGCGGCGGCCAAGCCUUCCUGCUCUCCAUCUACGACGAGCGCGGCGUGCAGCAGCUGGGGGUGGAGGUCGGGCGCUCGCCCGUUUUCCUCUACGAGGACCAGGACGGGCACCCGGCCCCCGAACGCUACCCCGUCUUCCGCAAGGUGAACCUGGCCGACGGCAGGUGGCACCGCGUGGCGCUGGCCGUGGAGGGCACCAACGUGUCCCUGCUGGUGGACUGCCACCUCCUCGCCACGCUGCCGCUGGAGCGAGGACCCCGGCCCGUCGUCAGCACCGAGGGGGUGACGCUUUUCGGGGCGCGCCUGCUGGAUGAGGAGGUGUUCGAGGGCGACAUCCAGCAGCUGCUGAUCGUGCCGGACCCCGCGGCCGCCCACUCCUACUGCCAGCUCUACAUGCCAGCCUGCGACCAGCCCCUGCUCUACCCGCUCCUGGCCCCCUUCCCGGAGGAGAGCGGCCCGGAGCCCAGCGCCGCCCCGCGUAGGAAGGGCAAGAAGGGCAAGGGGAAAGGCAAGCGCAAGGGGAAAGGCAAGAAGAGGAGGAACAAGGAGCUGCAGGAGCAGCACGAGGCCUCCGAGCCCUCUGCCGUGGCCAACCAGGCCAGCACGCCCACGCCGCCGCCGCCGUCUGUGGAGGACAGCUCCCCGCUGCCGGUCACCUCCAGCCUGGCCACCACUGUGAGCGUCGCCCUGAACCGCACCGACCCCUUCGAGGACGCUGGCGAGGAGCUCGUGCUGGAAUCCGGGGAGGACGGAGCCGCUGGGGCUGCCAGCGCCGAGCUGCCAGGCUACGAGGACUACUACGACGGGGACCCUGCGAGCCCGGAGCGGUUCGGCCCCGCCGAGCGGGAGGAGACGGUGAUCCGGGCUCCCCAGGCAGUUCGGAGCUCUGCCCCGAGCUCGCGGCCGCGUCCCCUCACCGCGGCGCUGCGCUGCGUCCCGCAGGAGCCCAGCCUGAAGGGGGACAAGGGCGAGCCGGCUGUCGUGGAGCCGGAUCGGCGAUUUGAGGGGCCGCCGGGACCCCCGGGCCCUGCGGGGGAAACGGGACCCCUGGGACCACCGGGGCUCCCAGGGCUGCCCGGGGACCCCGGAGAGCAGGGCCCCGCGGGACGGCCGGGGCUGCCAGGAGCCGACGGGAUCCGCGGCCCGGCCGGGACCACGAUCAUGCUGCCGUUCCAGUUUGGCGGAGACUCCCUCAAGGGCCCCACCGUCUCCUUCCAAGAAGCCCAAGCCCAGGCGAUCCUGCAGCAGGCAAAGCUUGCCAUGAAGGGCCCCCCCGGCCCCAUGGGGCUCACCGGCCGGCCGGGUCCGCUGGGUCUGCCCGGACACCCGGGCCUUAAAGGGGACGCAGGGGACAUGGGGCCGCGGGGUCCCCGGGGACUGCAGGGACCACCGGGACCACCGGGGAAGCUGGGCAGACGGGGUCGCGCUGGAGCAGACGGUGCCAGGGGUCUCCCGGGGGACACCGGACCCAAGGGUGACCGGGGCUUCGAUGGCUUGCCGGGGCUGCCGGGGGAGAAGGGCCACAGGGGUGACGUGGGGAAGCCAGGACCAGCGGGCACCCCCGGGGAGAAAGGCGCCAGGGGCUCGGAUGGCUUGCCAGGACCGCGGGGGCAACCGGGGGAACCCGGCAUGCGAGGGCUCAUCGGCUCCCGUGGCUCCCCCGGCCCCCCGGGACCACCGGGUGCCAGCGGCAUCGACGGCGCGCCGGGACCCAAGGGCAACGUGGGAAUCCAAGGGGAGCCGGGCCCCCCGGGACAGCAAGGAAACCCCGGUCCGCAGGGUCUGCCCGGCCCCCAGGGCCCCGUCGGGCUGCCAGGGGACAAGGGCCCGCCGGGGAAGCCGGGAAUCCAAGGGGUGGCUGGGGCCGACGGGCCCCCGGGUCACCCUGGCCGAGAAGGGCCGGCCGGAGAGAAGGGCCUCCAGGGUCCUGUGGGUGCCCCAGGUCCUGUCGGCUAUCCAGGACCCCGUGGGGUGAAGGGAGCUUUUGGGGUGCGGGGCCUGAAGGGCAGCAAAGGGGAGAAGGGUGAAGAUGGAUUCCCUGGCUUCAAGGGGGACAUGGGUCCCAAAGGCGACAGGGGCGACCAAGGCUCGCUGGGUCCCCGCGGCGAGGACGGCCCCGAGGGGCUGAAGGGACAGACGGGUCCCGUGGGGGAGCCGGGUGCUGCUGGCCCUGCGGGCGAGAAGGGCAAGCUGGGGGUGCCGGGCCUCCCAGGCUACCCCGGGCGCCAGGGCCCCAAGGGAUCCGCUGGCUUCCCAGGUCCCGUGGGGCUGGCAGGAGAGAAAGGCAAGAGGGGCAAGGCUGGCCAGGUCGGGCAGACGGGACAGCGAGGGCCCCCGGUGAGCGGCCGCAGCCCCGGCCCCGAGCUGGGGGGCCUGCCGGGGGAGCGAGGGCUGCCCGGCCCCACAGGGACACCCGGCCCAAAGGGAGAUCCUGGCCACGACGGGGCCCCCGGCGUGGUGGGAGAGAAGGGCCCUCAAGGUCCGCAGGGUCCCCACGGCUUCCCGGGCACCAAAGGGCCCCCUGGCCCUGCCGGGAAGGAUGGCUUGCCGGGACACCCGGGGCAGCGUGGCGAGCCGGGAUUUCACGGCAAAACCGGCCCCCCCGGCCCCACGGGGGUGGUGGGACCUCAGGGUAAAUUGGGUGAAACGGGGCCGGUGGGCGAGAGGGGGCACCCAGGCCCUCCUGGCCCCCCCGGGGAGCAGGGUCUGCCUGGGGCUGCUGGCCGAGAAGGAGCCAAGGGAGACCCCGGCCCGGCUGGCGUCGCUGGUAAGAGCGGCCCCCUGGGCGUCCACGGCUUUCCAGGCACGCGGGGGGCACCCGGAGAGACGGGUCCUCCUGGCCUGAAGGGUGGCGAAGGCCCCCCCGGCCCCCCUGGGCCCACGGGUUCCCCUGGCGAGCGAGGCCCCACGGGGUCUGUGGGCGGCAUCGGCCUGCCCGGCCGUGGGGGGGCACAGGGCCCCCCCGGCCCCCUGGGCGAGAAGGGGUCCCCGGGCGAGCGGGGUCCCAUGGGUCCGGCCGGGCACGACGGCAUCCAGGGUCCCCUGGGGCUGCCGGGGCCCCCCGGUCCCCCCGGCCCCGCUGGAGAGGAUGGGGACAAGGGCGAGAUGGGGCUUCCCGGACAGAAGGGCAGCAAAGGCGACAAGGGCGAGGCGGGCCCUCCAGGACCGCCAGGAAUCCAGGGACCCAUCGGGCACCCCGGCCCUGCGGGAGCGGACGGGGAACCGGGGCGCCGCGGGCAGCAGGGGAUGUUUGGGCAGAAAGGAGAUGAGGGAUCGCGGGGUCACCCCGGCCUGAGCGGCCCCCCCGGACUGCAGGGCAUGCCAGGCCCCCCAGGCGAAAAGGGCGAAAACGGAGACGUUGGCCCCAUGGGACCCCCUGGAGCGCCAGGACCCCGUGGGCCGCAGGGACCCAGCGGUGCCGAGGGUCCCCAGGGAAUGCCAGGCGGCGUGGGACAGCCGGGAGCCGUGGGAGAAAAGGGUGAGCCCGGUGAAGCCGGGGACCCCGGAGCCCCUGGGGAGCCUGGCCCACCCGGUGUGAAAGGAGACGUGGGGGAGAAGGGAGACGCGGGGCCGUCGGGGGCAGCCGGACCCCCCGGCAAGAAGGGUCCCCCGGGAGAGGAUGGAGCCAAAGGCAACCUGGGUCCCGUCGGCUUCCCAGGGGAUCCCGGCCCCCCCGGAGACCCCGGCCCACCGGGUCUGGACGGGGCUGUUGGAGAGAAGGGUGACGGCGGGGACCCAGGCCUGCCGGGUCCGCCAGGCGCGUCAGGGGAACCGGGGCCCCCAGGCCCCCCCGGGCGGAGGGGACCCGUGGGGCCCGUGGGGCGCGAGGGCCGUCAGGGCGAGAAGGGUGCCAAGGGGCAGCCCGGCACCGAGGGGCCGCCUGGAAAGACGGGACCCGUGGGGGCGCAGGGGCCCCCGGGGCGGCCGGGCUCCGAAGGGUUGCGGGGGAUCCCUGGCCCUGCGGGCGAACAAGGCCUCCUGGGGGCACCGGGACAAGCGGGACCACCCGGCCCCCUGGGCCCCGUGGGAUUGCCCGGCCUCAAGGGAGACCCCGGCCACAAGGGAGAUAAGGGCCACGCUGGCUUGAUUGGGCUCAUCGGACCGCCGGGGGAGAUGGGGGAGAAAGGAGACCAGGGGCUCCCGGGCAUCCAGGGCCCCCCGGGACCCAAAGGAGACCCCGGUUUGGCUGGCCCCACCGGCCCCACCGGCCCCCCCGGGCCCCCCGGGCUCUCGGGUCCCUUGGGCCAGAAGGGCUCCAAAGGCUCGCCGGGUGCUCUGGGUCCCCGAGGUGACACGGGCCCCCCAGGGCCCCCAGGACCACCGGGCCGCCCGGCUGAGCUGCUCGAGCCGCUGCCCUCGAGCCGGAGCGGGAGGCACCGGCGGGCAGCCCAGGGGGCUCGGGGCGAGCAGGGCACCCCCCCGGACUACGAGGGGCUGGAGGAGGUGUACGCCUCGCUCAGCUCCCUGCGCACCGAGGUCGAGCAGCUGCGGCGGCCCCUGGGCACCCCCGAGAGCCCCGCGCGCGUCUGCAAGGAGCUGCAGCUCUGCCACCCGCACCUGCAGGACGGCGAGUACUGGAUUGACCCCAACCAGGGCUGCUCCCGAGACGCCUUCAGGGUUUUCUGCAACUUCACAGCCGGCGGCGAGACCUGCCUCUUCCCCGACAAGAAGUUCGAGGCCGUCCGCCUGGCUGCCUGGAACCGGGAGAAGCCAGGGACGUGGUACAGCACCUUCAGGAGGGGCAAGAAGUUCUCCUACGUGGACGCGGACGGGAACCCGGUGCCCGUGCCCCAGCUCACCUUCCUGCGCCUCCUGAGCGCCAGCGCCCGCCAGAACUUCACGCUGACGUGCCAGCACGCCGCCGCCUGGUACGACGCCCGCGCCGCCUCCUUCGCCCGCGCCCUGCGCUUCCGCGGGGCCAACGACGAGGAGCUGGGCCACGACCACCCGGCCGCCCCCGUCCGUGCCCUCCGCGACGGCUGCCAGGAACGCCACGGCCAGGAGCGGACGGUGCUGGAGGUGUCCUCGUCCCACGUCGAGCGGCUGCCGCUGAUGGACGUGGCCGUGGCCGACUUUGGGGACGCCAACCAGAAAUUCGGCUUCGAGCUGGGCCCCGUCUGCUUCGUGGGCUGA